AUGUGCUGGUUGCUGGUGCCUGGUGAUGAGUUCCACCAAAUGAACGAGUUUGAUGGCCAUCAAUUGGGGGAGAACAGCCGUAGCAGAUCGAAGAGAGUGAAGGGAACCUGCAGCGUUCACAUGCUGUCCAUGAUUGCAACGCAGAAUCUCAGGAUAAUGUCUAAUAGAAGGGUAGGACAAGAGCCGAGUGGUCGAGGGAAGCUUCACAAACAGAACCUUCAAGCGGCUGGCGUAGCGACCGAUCGAGUCUUACACUCAUUGCCGAUGGCCGGACAGAUCGACCAGAGGAUAGUCAGCAUGCCGUAUGAAGCAGUUGCAUUGACUGAUCAUUGUACUUACAGUCAAGAGCUAAUGGAUCAGCCUCCCGGAUUGCCUGUUUGGGCUCUCGACGUGGCGCUCUUCCCCCACGACCCUAAUCUACUUUGA